AUGAAGUUCAACCCUCUCAUUUUACAGACACUGUCUGUCCCACAGAGGUUAACCCUGGUCCUGGGGCUGGUGAUGCUGGUGGUUGCAUUUGGAUCAUCUUUCCAGUAUGGGUACAAUGUUGCUGUUAUUAACUCUCCAGCAGAGAUCAUGAAAAACUUUUACAACCAAACCUACUAUAAUAAGACUUCGGAAUAUCUAAACAAUACAUUCUUGACCCUGCUGUGGUCUCUCACUGUGUCCAUGUUUCCUCUAGGAGGCUUAAUUGGGUCACUCAUGGUUGCCUCAAUGAUAAAUAAAUGUGGCAGAAAGGGAGCCCUGAUGAUCAGCAACAUUUUUUCCAUCGUCCCUGCAACUUUGAUAGGAUACAGCAAAAUGUUAAACUCCUUUGUGAUCAUCAUCUUUGCCCGGAUCUUGGUAGGAAUAUGCGCAGGUAUGACAUACAAAGUGGUUCCCUUGUACUUGGAAGAGUUGGUCCCCAAAAAUCUGAGAGGGGCUGUCAGUUUUGUCAACCAGCUGUUCAUCACAAUUGGGAUCUUUGUAGCCCAGAUCUUUGGAUUUCGGUGUAUCUUAGCAACAGAAGAGGAAUGGCCGAUUCUCUUCGGGCUGACUGGGAUCCUCGAAGUAAUAGAGCUGAUCCUGCUGCCUUUCUUCCCAGAAAGUCCCCGGUACACCCUGAUUCAAAGGGGAGAUGAAGAAGGAGCCCGAAUAGAGGCUGAGCUUCUAGACAUGGCUGUGAUAUCAGUGUUCAUUGUGGAACGCUUAGGCAGGAGACUGCUCCUUCUGAUUGGCUUCAGUGUCUGCUGCCUGGCUUGCAUUGUGUUAACAGUAGCCCUUUCACUCCAGGACACCAUGGCUGAGAUGCCUUAUGUCAGCAUUACUUCUGUGAUGGUCUAUGUUAUAGGUCAUGCUAUUGGGCCUAGUCCUGUUCCCUCAGUGGUAAGAACAGAAAUAUUCCUGCAGUCUUCCCGCCCAGCUGCGUUCAUGGUGGAUGGAGCUGUCCACUGGCUCACCAACUUCAUCAUAGGUCUGGUGUUUCCGUUCAUCCAGGAGGGCAUCGGUGCCUACAGCUUCAUUAUCUUUGCUGCAAUCUGCCUCUUCACUGCCAUCUACAUCUAUGUGAUUAUUCCUGAGACGAAGGGCCAGACAUUUGUGGAAAUCAGCCAGGUUUUUGCCAAAAGAAAUAAGGUGGAAAUCCUAGAGAAGAAAAAAGAAGAAACAACAGACUUCAACUCUUGCCCACACUUACCUUCUAAAAAGGAAACCAAUUUUUAA